CUGCUGCGGAAUCUUAUGCCUUCAUUUAUCCGUCACGGUCCAACAAUUCCAAGACGAACUGAUAUCUGUCUUCCAGAUUCAAGCUCAAAUGCCUUUGCAGCUUCUGGAGAUGGAAUAGUUUCAAGAAACCAUAGUUUCCUUAGAACUCCAAUUCAGAGAACACCUCAUGAAAUAAUGAGAAGAGAAAGCAACAGAUUAUCUGCACCAUCUUACCUUGCCAGGAGUCUAGCAGAUGUCCCUAGGGAAUAUGGCUCUUCUCAGUCAUUUUUAACAGAAUUUAAUUUUGCUGUUGAAAAUGCAGACUCUGGUUCCCGAUAUUAUUAUUCAGAUAAUUAUUUUGAUGGUCAGAGGAGGCGCCCACUUGGAGAUCGAACACACGAAGACCGUAGAUACUAUGCAUACAACCAUGAUCUCUUCCAAAGGGAGCCACUGAACCAGGGCAGGCGUGCUUCAGGUAUUGGGAGAGUUGCUGCUACAUCUUUAGGAAAUUUAACUAACCAUGGUUCUGAAGAUUUACCCCUUCCCCCUGGCUGGUCUGUGGACUGGACGAUGAGAGGGAGGAAAUAUUAUAUAGACCACAACACAAAUACAACUCAUUGGAGCCAUCCUCUGGAGCGAGAAGGACUUCCUCCAGGAUGGGAGCGAGUUGAGUCAUCAGAGUUUGGAACCUAUUAUGUAGAUCACACAAAUAAGAAGGCUCAGUAUAGGCAUCCCUGUGCUCCGAGUGUACCUCGGUAUGAUCAACCUCCUCCUGUCACAUACCAGCCACAGCAAACUGAAAGAAAUCAGUCCCUUUUGGUACCUGCAAAUCCUUAUCAUACUGCAGAAAUUCCUGACUGGCUUCAGGUUUAUGCUAGAGCCCCUGUGAAAUAUGACCACAUUCUGAAGUGGGAACUCUUCCAGCUGGCUGACCUGGAUACAUACCAGGGAAUGCUAAAGUUGCUUUUCAUGAAAGAACUGGAACAGAUUGUUAAAAUGUAUGAAGCCUACAGACAGGCUCUUCUCACCGAGUUGGAAAAUCGCAAGCAGAGACAGCAGUGGUAUGCCCAGCAACAUGGCAAGAAUUUUUAAGUUAAUUUUUUAAAACAAAUUUUAAGUUUUAUAAGGGCUUUAAAAUAUUUUCACAGAUAAAAAACUUCAAACAAGAACUUUGGUUAAUAAAGGCAGCUUACUUUUUGGAAAUUAUAAAGUUCUAAUUUUACAUGUAUUUUGUUAUUAAAAAUAUUCUUUUAUUGAGAAAAAAAUGAGUUUAUCAUUUUAAGAGCCAGCAUGGCAGACACUUCUAAAUGCUGUAUAUUUGGAAACUGCUUUGAAUAUUCUCAGUGGAGACAAAUGCAGUAAGAAAUGUCAUUUAACCAGAUAUUAAAUAGGAAAUGAUCA